AUGUGCAACAUUUGCGGUUAUGAUAAACUAUCAAAGACGUGUUUUAUCAGCGAUGACAGCGAAGACGAAAUCAUUCCUACUUCUGAUAACACAAAGCUUGUACUAAACCCGGCUGAAUACAUCUGUGCGAACGCAGAGUACCUAGUGAACGGACGAAACCCUGUGACUGACGCCCAGCUUAGCGCUUCGUCGGUUUAUGCUCCACACUAUGAGGCGAACUGGGCCAGGCUCAAUACGACACCAAGCCUAACAACGGUUGGCGCCUGGGCUGCAGCCAUCAUUGACGCAAAUCAAUACAUACAGGUACAGUUCAAUGGUCUAAGUCUAGUGACAGGCGUGGCUCUUCAAGGUCGACCAAUCAACACCGAUCCGAGUAUUUUCACGGUCGGUUGUUGCUACCAGCGCCAACCAUUUUUUGGGCCUACCGAUACUAAAACUGACAAGGUAUUCGACGGGAACACGGACCAGGACACUGUUGUGACAUCGAUAUUGCCAAGUCAAGUGACCGCUCUGUGUGCCAGAGUCAACCCGGUCGCGUAUGUGACUCAUAUCAGCCUGCGAUUCGACAUUCUUGGAUGCCCAUUGAAUUAA